UGGGGACAACAACUGACGCAGAUAUUGGUAUUUCGGUUGCGGCAGCGAUUUACAAUACACGUAUACAUUUUCAAAGCGUAAACCGUUGGAUUGUUCUAAUAAUGCAAUCAUAACAUUCGUUUUACCACAACCUGAUCUACCUACAAUGAUGCCACGUUUGCAACCACCCUGUAACAGGCUACUGUGUUUUGAAACACGUUUAUCUCUCGAACACGCGUCGUAAUUUUUUAUAGGUAGUGCCGUUUCUUGCGGUUUGAAGCGUAUGGAGGCCAUUGCUCUACUGGAAGUGUAUAAAACACUGAAACCUACUAUAUAAGUCCGUAUAUGCUUAGGAGCUCAGUAGUUGCCUGUCAACCAGCGAGCAUGAACUUUCACUCUAACGUUAAGAAAAGAAGAAUAGCGUCUAAAACGGGGAAAGGUCUUAUUAACAAUUUAAUAAAUAACCUGCCAGUUGAAUUGCAUCUGCCCGGAUACCAAUUUUGCGGACCUGGCACUCGUCUAAGCAAGCGAUUGGCUCGCGGUGAUCGAGGUAUAAAUCCGUUAGACGAAGCGUGCAGAGAUCACGAUAUAGCAUAUUCAAGGUCUAGCAAUAUUAGUGACCGCCACGAGGCCGAUAAAAAUUUACAAAAAGCUGCGUGGGAGAGGUUUCGUUCGAGAAACGCCACUUUUGGCGAAAAAGCAGCCGCCCUUACCGUUGCAGGCAUUAUGAAAGGUAAAAGAACGUUGGGCAUGGGUACGCGACGACGUACCAUCAAAAAAAGAAGAAGAAACACAGCAACAAUUUCGUUUAACAAAGGCGUUCAACUAGCUAGAAAGUAUACUGGUGGUAACGUUCACUACGAUCUGAAUACAACUGUUCGACGAGCUGUUAACGCGUUAAAGAAGAAAAAGGUCAAACCGCCAAAACAGCGCAUUUUACCCAUACCUAAGACUGGCGGAUUCAUACCGUUAAUUCCAUUGUUUGCUGCACUGGGAGCCGCUGGUUCGUUAGGAGGAGCGGCGGCUAUUGCUAGAGCAGUAAAUGGCGCGAGGAAUGCCGCCAAACAAUUGGAGGAGAGCAAACGUCAUAAUGAAGUGAUGGAGGCCGCCGCGAUAGGAAAAGGUUUAUACUUAAAACCGUACAAGACAGGAUUAGGCCUUUAUUUAAACCCCUAUCAAAAAAACUUCCAGUGA